AUGACCACCUACAGUCCUGCUCCAACGCAAGAGUCCUCUGCAGAGGUAACCAAUGACAACCGAAAGUCAAGCGGGUCUCAGGAGUCAAUGAAACUAAAAAAAGAGAUCUCACUAAUCAAUGGUGUCUGCCUUAUUGUGGGCAACAUGAUUGGCUCGGGCAUCUUUGUCUCACCUAAGGGUGUGCUUAUUUACAGCGCCUCAUAUGGAUUGUCAUUAGUUGUGUGGACUAUUGGUGGAAUUUUCUCAAUAUUUGGGGCCUUGUGCUACGCUGAACUGGGAACCACUAUCACCAAGUCUGGUGCCAGUUAUGCCUACAUCCUGGAGGCCUUUGGAGGGUUUCUGGCUUUUAUCCGUUUGUGGACAUCCCUACUCAUCAUAGAGCCCACCAGCCAGGCGGUGAUAGCGAUAACCUUUUCCAACUACAUGGUGCAACCGAUCUUCCCUACCUGCAUCGCACCCUAUGUGGCCAAUCGCCUGUUAGCUGCAGCCUGCAUAUGUUUGCUGACUUUUGUCAACUGUGCCUACGUGAAGUGGGGGACUCGUGUACAAGACUUUUUCACCUAUGCUAAAGUCAUCGCUUUGAUUGCUGUCAUCAUUACUGGACUGGUCAAGAUCUUCCAGGGUUAUACACAGAAUUUUGAGGGGCUGUUUGAGGGUUCGACCCGAGACCCAGGUGAUGUGGCUCUGGCUCUGUACUCAGCUCUGUUCUCCUACUCUGGCUGGGACACCCUUAACUUCGUCACAGAGGAGAUCAAAAACCCUGAGAGGAACCUGCCACUGUCUAUUGCCAUAUCUAUGCCAAUCGUGACAGUGAUCUAUAUCUUGACCAACGUGGCCUACUAUACAGUUCUGCCCAUCCCUGCAAUCUUGGACAGUGAUGCAGUAGCUGUGACGUUUGCAGAUCAGGUAUUUGGGGUGUUUAACUGGACUAUCCCGCUUGCUGUUGCCCUCUCCUGCUUUGGUGGAUUAAAUGCAUCUAUCCUGGCUGCCUCGAGGCUGUUCUUCGUGGGCUCCAGGGAAGGCCACCUUCCCGACUACCUGUGCAUGAUUCACGUUAGCCGCUACACUCCCAUUCCUGCCCUGCUCUUCAAUGGUGCCAUGGCACUAGUGUACCUGUGUGUGGAGGACAUUUUUAAACUGAUUAACUACUACAGCUUCAGCUACUGGUUCUUUGUGGGUCUGUCUAUCCUGGGACAGCUUUACCUGCGAUGGAAACAGCCAGACAGACCACGACCUCUGAAGCUCAGUCUUAUCUUCCCAAUCAUCUUUUGCCUUUGCACUAUCUUCCUCGUGGUGGUCCCACUCUACAGUGACACCAUCAACUCCUUGAUAGGCAUUGGAAUCGCCCUAUCAGGCGUACCCGUCUACUUUCUGUGCUGUUAUACCCCAGCUUCCCGAAGGCCACUGUGGCUUCGAAAAUUUAUAGCAUCAUCUGGUUUGCUGAUUCAGAAGGUGUGCUACUGUGUACUUACUGAGAUGGACGUUAGUGAAGAGAAAAAUGAGUAAAAAAAAAGGGAUACGCUCGCAAUCGGAAAUAUUCAACCCCCUCAGCUUGAAAGGAUUAAGGUGAUGUGUAUAAAACUGAAUGAAAAUAUACUACAAGAUGUCUAAGUAAAC